AUGUGCGAGUUUUGGCUCGAAGUUGUCAAAUUCCUAGGACACGUGUCUAAAGACGGAAUUGUUGUGGACAAUAGCAAGGUAGAAGCUGUAUUGGAUUGGAAGCAACCUACGAUAGUAUUUGAAAUUCGAAGCUUCCUGGGAUCGCCCGGCUACUACCAACGGUUCAUUCAAGACUUUUCGAUUCUUGCCAAACCGAUGACAAGACUGACACAAAAGGGAGUUAAAUUUGAGUGGAGCAAGGCUUUUGAAAAUACGUUCCAAGAGUUGAAGAAGAGGCUAACAAGUGCGCCGAUACUUAUCAUUUCGAAGCAAAAUAUAGGUUACACCGUCUAUUGUGGUGCUUCUAAAGAUGGCUUGGACUGUGUUUUGAUGCCAGAUGAAAAAGUUGUUUCUUAA